AUGGAAAGAGAUAAAUUCAGUUAUUACCAUAACAAAGACAGCUAUGAAACUUGCAGUACAUUAACAGUUGAUUCAUUUCAUUCUUUUACUGAAAGCAAAUUCUUGAUUAGAAAAAAACCAAAUGGAGAUGAUGAACAUAAUGCCAAUGCAAUUUCCAAUAAAAUUUCGUCAAGUUUUAUAGCGAUGCUGCAAGGGGUCGAGGUUCUUUGCAACCUACCCAUUCUGUACAUUUUCAAGGACACGUAUCAGCUUCAUCCCGCUAGUCUUAACAUACUAAUAAGUAUAAUAAAAAUCCCAUGGGCAAUCAAAUUAUUAUGGGGAAUAAUUUCAGACACAUAUCCUAUAUUUGGCUAUAGAAGAAAAUAUUAUUUAAUGUUUGGAUCAGGAUUAUGUAUAUUAUCAUUAUUAAUUUUAGGAUUAAUAUCACAUACUAAUAUAUCUUUAACGAUAUUUUUAUUAGUUGCAUAUUUUUUUGGAAGUGCUCUUUGUAAUGUUAUUGGUGAAGCACAAGUAAUUGAGGCAGGUAGAAAAGGGUCUAUAAAUUCAACAGCUAAAAAUAUUGCAACUUUUUUUGCCGUUAGAAAAAUUGGAUUUGCUAUAAUGCAUUAUCUAUCUGGUUAUUUAUUGUCUAUUAUGACUAACCAACAUAUUUUUUUGAUUUCCUCUAUUCUACCAUUAUCUAUAUUUAUAUCUGCUUUUUUUGUUGUUGAAAAAAGGAGUUAUAAAAAACGUAAAAUAGAAAAGCAAAUAAAAUCUAUAUAUGAAAUAAUCAAAACAUCUUAUAUUCAAAAAUUAAUUCUAUUUAUAUUUAUAAUGACAUCAACACCAUCUAGUGGAAGUAUAUUAUUUUUUUUUAUGGCUAAUGAAUUACAAUUUACACCAAAAUUAUUAGGAAAAAUAUCAAUGUUUCAAUCCAUAGCUAGCUUACUAGCUAUUUUAUUAUAUAUGUUAAUACUUAAUAAAAUUAGCAUACAAAAAUUACUACUAUAUUCAACAAUUAUAAUAGCACCAUUUAGUUUACUCCCAUUAUUAGCUGUUCAAAAAAUUAAUAUUUUUAUACCAAACACACUAUUUAUUAUAACAGAUACUAUAUUAGUAGAAUUUGUUGGUGAAUUACAAUCUAUCCCUAUAUUAGUAGAAUGCUCAAGAAUAAUACCUGAAGGUUUUGAAUCAACAAUCUAUUCAUUUUUAUUAUCCGUAAAUAAUUUUGCAAUAAUGGUUAGCUCACUUAUUUCAUCUAUAUUAACAUAUCAACUAGGUAUAACAUCAACUAAUUUUGAUAAUCUACCAAAGAUGAUAGUCAUUUGUUGCCUUACAAAUAUAAUACCAAUUAUUUUUUUAUAUAAUACAACCAAAUUUGACAAUAAUUCGAAAGCUUAUAAAAGUAGAAACAAGCAUACUCUUAAUUCUUGGGAUAGUGAAUCCUCAUUAUUUGAUUCCCAAUCAUAUGAAAUAAAAAAUUGUGAAGACAUAAAAUAUUUUAUCACAGAAAAUGGACAUGAUAUACCAAUACAAUAA